AUGGCUGUGGUGCAGCAGAGGUUCGGCAUCUUGUGGUGUGAGGACAGUGCCAAGUGGACCGGACAGUGGUCUCUCUACGUCAAUGCCCUCGGCGAGCAUGACAGUGAAGUGUGGGAGGUAUUUCAUGUGUGCGAGGGCCAGCUUCCGUCCCUCGACGCAAUCCACGACUACACCGGCUUCCUCAUCAGUGGAAGCCACUGGGCGAGCUAUGACGAAGAGCCCUGGAUAAAGCAGCUCCACCAAUGGAUUCGAGGGUACCGAGAAUGCACCAUGGAGCUGGCGCAGGGUCCACAGAUGGUCGGCAUCUGCUUCGGUCACCAGGCCAUCAGCGACGCUCUGGGUGGUCGAGUGGCGUUGAACAGUCGCUUCGUCAUCGGCACCGAGCGGGUGCGACCCAACGAAAGGUUCGCGGAGAAGCCCUACGUUCGCAUGGCCAUGGCCGAGCUCGGUCUGGUCGAGCUUCCGGACCUCGUUCACGUGCUGCAAAGCCACGGCGACGCGGUGCACGCGCUGCCGCCCGGCGCCGAGCUGCUGGCCUCCUCCCCCGACACCGAGGUGGAGAUGUUCACCAUCGGGGAUCGCAUCAUGGGCAUCCAGGGCCACCCCGAGUUUGCCCCGGAGCUGCUUAAAGAGAAAAUACUCGACGAGAUGGUGGCCAACGGCAGCAUCACGCCCGAAGCGGCAGCCGAAGUGGAACGGGUCAUGCGGGAGCAGCCGCUCCACCACACCUUCCUGCGCAAGGUCCUCCAGGGCUUCAUCAAGGGCAAGUCCCUCCCCGCUGCCUCCACGCCCCUCCAGCCCGCCAGCCAUCCCAUCCCCAUCCCCAUCGAAUAG